ACACACACACACACACACUCAGAAGGGGGACGGCUCUUUCUCCCUGCCUGGCGUACUCAAUGAUGACAACAGCGAGCAAGCAAGGACACUGGUAAUAAAGGCUCAGGGAAGGAGCAACACUUCAGAAAAGACACAGCAUCUCUCAACGUCAUUUCAGAGCUGGGGAGGAGAGAGAGAGAGAGAGAGAGAGAGAGAGAGAGAGAGAGAGAGAGAGAGAGAGAGAGAGAGAGAGAGAGAGAGAGAGUUGAAGUUCAACAAGUGAAACAGAAUGCUGAGAGAGAACAAGGGGGAGGCAGAAAAAACACACUUCAGAAUCUGAAAGAAUUGUGAAAGCCCCCGAGGCGUAAGAAAUAAGAGUUUCAACCUGGAUGUGUGACUUUUUUAUUAGUGCUUCUAGAAGGAGACAGGGAAUAAUCAACCACAGCUGACAGUACAGACUGUGAGCCCCGAGCAGGUAACAGUAACAUUGUUUAGUUGUUGUCUUUUAUGUUCUGCAGUUCUGUUUCCAUUCAGUUCAGUUCUAUGUAAGAAGUCUUGAGACUGCAGAGGGAAACCACUUCCAUUCGAACUCCAGACAAAGACUUUAGUCACCAGCAGGGAUAGCUUUUGGGUAGAAAGCUGCAAGGACAACGCAAGGAGGAAAUUUGCAGCUCUAAAGUUGUCUUCUGAGUUGGGAACACCGUUGCUGUGAACCUCUGCAAAACACUUUGAGCAGCAGACUCCUCUGUGUGAAUUGAAUUCAGUUUGUGCAGCUCCAGCAGCCCGAUUGUGGUAGCACUGGGCUCUGUUUGAAUCUCAGCUGCUCUUGGGAGUCUCAAGCCGGGAUGGACGCGAGCGAGCUGGCUGGUCUGGACAGCGCGGACGCUCAGACGGUGUGCGAGGCGCUGGGCCGCUACGAGGACACGCUGCGGGACGCGGUGCGGGAGAUCCACGUGGACAUCAACGUGUUCAAGAAAGGGGUGGAGCGACGCAUGGAGGACACCCUGCACUUGGUCAGCCCGCUGUCCCGCUCCGUGUCAGAGCUGCAGCAGGAGAACCGACUGCUCCGUGCGCAGCUGGAGGCGCUGGCCAGGCAGGUGGACCUGCUGACCGGGGCGGCCUGCCUGGGACACACUGCCGCUGCAGGGGAGAGGAACGGAAGCACCGCCCCACACUCCCCCCGCUCCCCCACCUCGCCCGGCGCUUCACACUCCCCCUGCUCCCCCCCGCCAGCCCCCUCCUGUGCUGCCACUGCCCGCUACUCCAGCCGAGCCACCUUCGCUGUGUCCAGCAAGACCAACAGCAUUGACCGAGAGGAGACAACGGAGCCAGAGAGGGUCGCAGAUUCCAAUACGGCGGUCGUGGAGAAUGGACACCAGCUACCUCCAGAGAGAGCAAGAGUUUCACAGGAAGUGACCUCCUCACCUGUGUCCAGCAGCGUUCCGCAGGUACACGCCCUCUCGGUGUCCAUGCUCAAGCCACACCUCCCCAUCACCGCGGUUACCAAGACAGCAGACACUUCCGUCGCUGGGGCAACCAAAACCCCGCCCACCACUCCCGGUGAGACCCUUCCUCCACCGGUCACUAAAGCCGAGGCUGUCAGCCAGUCAGCAACAAGCAACAGCCAGAAGGAGGUUGGGGCAGAACUCAUUAGCCAAUCAGGUUUUGUUGGGACGGUGAAGACCUGGAGCCCCAGCCCAGUCAGGACAAUGAGCUCGGCUCUCACCCCAGAUAAACCCAACUCUGUGGCAAAGCCUGUGCCGUCCGUCAGCUACUCCACUUCAGGCACCCCCACCAGUAAGGCCAGCGGGUUCGAUGGCUAUCACGACAUGACCCCAAAGCCUGGCUCUCCUCCGGUGCUGCCCAGGCAGGUGGAGCGGCGCAGGGAGCUAGUGAGGUCCCAGACUCUGCCCCGCACCAUGGGGGCUCAGACACGCAAGGGCAUGUUCGAGAAACUGGAAUCCAACACCAACAGUUUCAGGGCCAGCGUUGGGGACUCGAAACCCAAGCUGAAACGCUCCCAGAGUUUCGGGGUGUCCAGCGCGAACAACAUCAAACAGAUCCUGCUGGAGUGGUGCCGAUCCAAAACCAUCGGGUACCAGAACAUUGACAUCCAGAACUUCUCGUCCAGCUGGAGUGACGGCAUGGCGUUCUGUGCUCUCGUCCACUCCUUCUUCCCGGAGGAGUUUGAUUACAGCACCCUGAACCCUGCCAACCGCAAGGAGAACUUCGAGCUGGCCUUCACCAAGGCAGAAGACUUGGCGAACUGUGACCGGCUGAUCGAGGUGGAGGACAUGCUGCUGAUGGGUCGCAAGCCUGACCCCAUGUGUGUGUUCACCUACGUGCAGUCGCUGUACAACCACCUGCGGAGAUUCGAGUGAGCACCAGCCCCGGGGGGGGGGGGGAGCACAGGGACGACCGCCCCUCCCUCCAACCCCCAUGAUGAGAAGCCAGCUCCCUUUGCCACCCCCGUCUCUGUAGAACCACCAGCACUGACCAUCGCUCCAGCUGUGCUUCCACUGCACACAAUUUAAAAACUAGGGUUUUUUUCCAGGACGUUUUGAUACUGUACCUGUUUCCAAAGAAGUUACUUCUGUGCCAAACCCCUUCUUGAUCAGAACCUUCUUACGAGGAUUGCACAGUCGAGUUUGGAGCAGAAGCGACAUAGAUGAACAUUGAAUACCUGCCUGUGACUCUACUGGCAUUUCCAUUAGCUCGGGGGUCAGCCAUGCUAAACGAUGACUCUGUGGGGGUGUGUUCUAUAAAUCACAGCGCUUUGCUGUCACAAGCAGUACCCAAUGUAAUCCUGUCUGUCGUAGACUCUGCAUACAGCAUAGGGUUGAGUAGUAAUGUCUGGCUUUAUUGAAAUCCAAUUGCGACAGCAGAGAGGUCAACGCUGCAUAAAUUGGGAAUCGUACACCAAAAUUCUUUUAAGCCUAUGCAAUGUUUUUUUUUUUAUAAAGGUCAUAUAGAAUCUC